AUGAAGUCCUGUCCGAACAGCUGCUCCGACUCCGGAUUCGAGUCCUCAGAACCGGACUCCAAGACUCCGGAGAAGUACGAAGUUGUCACGAAGCGAAGGAUGGCCGCCAACGCCAGGGAGAGGAAGAGGAUGCAGGGUCUGAACACGGCCUUCGACCGCCUACGUAAAGUGGUCCCCCAGUGGGGACGGGACAAGAAGCUGUCCAAGUACGAGACCCUGCAGAUGGCCCUCAGCUACAUCCUGGCCCUGAACCGGAUCCUGACGGACCCCCGGAGGCACGCCGCUCCUCACCGGCAGUGGCUGGACCUGCAGUUUGACGUGCAGCCCGACUCCUGCCUGCUGACGUACGACCCCCCAACGGGACCCGAGUUCGUCCAGUCGGCGUUCUCGUACCCCCUGGACCCGGUCCAUUCGUAG